AUGUCCAAUACAGAGAACGCCACACAACCAGCCACUGCGCCACGUAGUGUCAAUGACCAAAUUGAAGCGUACCUACAGCAGACAAAGCAGUACACAUCUGAGCAUCCUUGGAUAACGUUCGCCGGCUGCUUUGCCACUGCAUAUGUCCUUGCAGGAAUGUACAAGAAGUUUUCGGGGUCCUCCUCGGGGAAGUUUGUCAAAGGCGGCUUUGACCCAAAGAUGAAUGCCAGAGAGGCACUUCGUAUUCUCGAUUUAAAGGAAUCCAACCUCAACAUAAAGAAGCUGAAGGACAACCACAGACGAAUCAUGUUGUUGAACCAUCCUGAUAAAGGCGGUUCUCCUUACUUGGCGACCAAAAUCAACGAGGCAAAGGAUUUCCUCAUCAAGAGAGGCGGUCUAAAAUAA